AUGGUGAGACAAAUAAGGGAAAGUUGGCUCAACAACGAUACUUAUUUGCUUAAUACACUUCCAAGUACAGAUAGAAGCAUCGAAGAUGAAGAUAAUGGAAUUAAAAGAGUCGCCAACAGGAUAGAUACUCCUGAAAUAGGGGAUAGAAAAAGAAAAUCCAGUCAAUUAAGUGAGGAAGAAAAAUAUGCUACAGAAGAUAUAAAAAGACACCAGACAAGUGAAAGUAGUCUAGGAAAUUCACCAGGAAUUAUUCAUGUAAAACAAGAUCCUGAUUACUUAAAUAAUUUUAAGGAAUUUGAUUACGAAGCAGUUAGUCAAGAAAUAGUUAAUCAUCUUGACUCUGCAAUGGAAAAUUAUACAAGUUCUCCCUCAUCAGAUGAAUUCUAUAUUUGA